GAGAGGAAACGAGAGAGGAAACGAGAGAGGAAACGAGAGAGGAAACAAGAGAGGAAACAAGAGAGGAAACAGGAGAGGAAACAGGAGAGGAAACAGGAGAGGAAACGAGAGAGGAAAAGAGAGAGGAAACGAGAGAGGAAACGAGAGAGGAAACGAGAGAGGAAACAAGAGAGGAACCAGGAGAGGAACCAGGAGAGGAACCGAGAGAGGAACCGAGAGAGGAACCGAGAGAGGAACCGAGAGAGGAACCGAGAGAGGAACCAGGACAUUACGGGUCGUCUCCUCUGUAUGGAUCUGAGGGAGGCCGACAGGAGACGCUGGUUUUGUUGCUCUCAGAGAAUCCUUCAGCUAACAUAGCUGCUAAUGCUAACUGAUGCUAGCUUAGCUUCACGCUAGCCCUUGUUGCUGUUAGCAUCCUUGCUAUGGAUCUCGACAGAGAAGACGAGGAGGACGUGUUCUGUGACCCUGAAGAACCGGCCCAGGAGGAGGAGGAGGAGGAGGUUAACGAGGAGGAGGACGCUCAGAUCUUCAACGCCUGGAAGCUGCAGAACCAGGCGGGGGGGAGGAAAGAAGAGGAGGAACAGGAAGCGAACCCUCUGGCAGGAAAACCUGAGAGCAGAUUGGAAACAACAGUGCGACCAAUCAGCGGCCGGCGAUCCUCGCUGCCCUGCCAGGCGACCCUGUCACCAUGCAGUUGUCCCGCCUCCACGCCUCCACCAAAGCCCCUGUGACGGCGAGGAUCCUCCUGCGCCGCUCCUCGUCCCGCCGCCUCCUGCCGUCUCCACUGGAGGCCUCCGAACCCCCCCCCACCGCCGCGGAGAGGAGACCCUCCAUCAUACCCACAAUCCCGAGGCCACGCCC